UAAAGGGAUAUCAUAUCUGAACUCUUCUUCUACUUUAUUUUUCUUCAUGCAGAUGGAAAGUGUAGUGUAAAGGUGAAACGUUAAGUCGAUUUAUUGAGACAUCUACCAAAAUAUUUUGACUGCUUACUAACUUUCACUAAGUAACUUUCACGUUUUUAAAGCUGCCAUUUUUCAUCGUUAUUCAGCUAAUCAAAUGAAGAACAACGACAUCCUAAGUGCUUAUGAUAUUAGCUUGUAGUCUGUGCCCUUAUAUAUACCUAAAAUAAAUGGACUUUUUUUUUCUUUUUUUUGUUUAGUCUGUGUUUAAAUUCAUAUUUAAUGCAAUAAAAGUGUCCAGUUUGACCUUCUUCUCCUUCACCUCCUUCCUUUCAGCUGCAAUGCUCUCCUACCUCCUUCUCCUCCUGCUCCUCCUUCCUCCCUGCCUCGGCUGUCAGACCAGCUCCUUCACCGAGUGUGAGAAGGCUCCCUUCGUACCGGGUCACAAUCUGGCCGGUGAGGGUUUCAAUGUGGUCACGAUGAAGACCAGCGGGGCCAGCGUGGUCAAUGUCAAGGACUACAUGGUGGGAGGGGUCCAGGGGAACUGCACUUUGUGCUACAACCGCCUCCUCAACCAGACCCAGAAACUCCCGGUGUCAGUGCUCGACUGGAGGAUCAAGGUGCACUGCCGCCGCAGUCUGAGCAGUCAAGUUUUCCAGUCCAGUCAGUCGGUGAUGAAAGAAACUAGUUCCUCUCUGGGAGUCAGCUGGAAGGUGGGCCUCAAUGUUGCCGGAGUGGCUGGGGUCGCUAUCGGAGGAUCACACUCCACCUCAUCAAAUUUUGCAGAGAGUCGCAGCAAGAAGGACAAGUUCUCCUACACCACCCAUGAAUUCAAAUGCGACUACUACACCUUUCGUCUUCACUCCCGUCCUGAACUAAGCAAAGAGUUUGACGUUUCCCUCAAGAACCUUCCCUCCACCUACCACCAUAAGAACACUUCGGCCUUCCAGCAAUUCAUCUCCGUCUACGGGACCCACUUCAUCCGCAGAGUUCACCUCGGGGGCAGAGUGCACUCCAUCACAGCUAUCCGGACCUGUGAGGCUGCUAUGAGCAAAUUGUCCGUUCACGCAGUCAGCAACUGUCUUUCCGCCGAGGCCACUGCCACCAUCAAAGGUAUUAGUGUCAGUGCUGCCUCCAAGUUCUGUCGGGACAAGAGCAAGAGUCUUAAAACCGGCGCCACCUUCAGCCAGGCCUUCUCAGACCGGCGGACCGAGAUUCUUGGAGGAGACGGAGGCAUGGGCGACAUUCUCUUUGACUCCAAAGGAGCUGCAGGGUACAAAAAGUGGCUCGCUUCCCUAAAGAGGGUCCCAGGUGUGGUGUCGUACCAGAUCAGCCCCCUGCACAUGCUGGUGAGAGACAAUCCCAUUCUGAGGUCCAGCCUGAGAGACGCCAUCAGCGACUACAUCCGCAAGAGUGCCAAACCACUCAGUUGCCCCGCUCGCUGUAGCGCUGGCAAAAGGAAGCAAAACUGUGCAUGCCAGUGCCAGGGACACAGGAUGGUCGACUCCAACUGCUGCCCUGGUGAGCUUGGCAUAGGCCGCAUGAACGUGACAGUCGUACGAGCUGUGGGCUUGUGGGGCGACUAUUUCACCAAGACGGACGGAUACGUUAGGGUCUUCUACGGUAAUAACAAAGACGUUACACCAGUGAUCUGGAACAACGACUUCCCCACUUGGAACUACCAGAUCCGCUUUGAAACCGUCAACCUACGACACAGAACACCCAUUAAAUUUGAGGUGUGGGACCGGGACAGCGGCUGGGACGACGACAGGCUUGGGACGGUGACUCUCAUCCCCACUGUGGGUCGAAACGUCAACAACAAGUUCAAGUUGAAUCACGGCUGGCUAUACGUCCGACACACUGCGGUGUGCGCCCCCAGCUUGCAGGGGUCGCUGUGUGAGCAGUACUACGCCACGCCAACCUACGAGGAGACGAUGGGAUACGUGAAAGACAAGGAGGACCACUGGGGAUCAGGGAGUGUGUAGCAGGAUACUGACGACGUCCACGGCCGCUCCUUCUUUUGAGUUUCUUGUCAUGGUAUCUGCACCGUUUGAGAUUUGCUAUUCUGGAUGUUUCUGUUUGCUUGUUUCCACCACAUAUUCCAAGUUUAGUUUCCCAAGCACGUCUGUCAUGACGCAGAAUGACUUUUUACAGCUGCAGAGUUUAAAACCUACAGAAAAUACCCAACUUUCUUUGUAGUGAAAAACUAUUCAGACCCCGAUUCCUCAUGGUGGAAUUUCGCCUCAACCUUUUUAAAUGCUUUUUUGCUAUAUUUAUACUCUGCUUUUAAGAUUUUGCACCAAACAUUCUGUAAUUCAUAAUGUCUUAAGAAUGAAUAUAAAGGAACUUCCUCAUUUUAGCCCUCUGUAGACAUAAACAACAUCUUGUUGCAGUCCUUGUGCGACAAAAAAGCUAUUGGACUCCUGAGGUUUUGUGCUUGUUUUUAGAUUCAGAUUGUCCCACCACAAACAAAAACCUAAACUAAGCAUCUUCAAGAAAAGUCCAGCUGCCUUGUUUUAGACAUUUAUACGUUCAUUUUCUGUAACCGCUUGCCCUCUGGAGGGUCGUGGGGGAGCUUGAGCCUAUCCCAGCUCUUAUAGGGUGAGAGGCGGGGUACACCCUGGACAGGUCUCCAGUCCAACACAUAGAGACACACUCACACCUAAUUUGGAAUCAUCAUUUAACCUAACUAGCAUGUCUUACCUGGAGAACACCCACGCAGGCCGAGGGAGAACGCAAACUCCACACAGAAAGGCCGCCAGAACCUUCAAGCUUAUCUUUGUAGAACUUAUUAUUCUCUAUUAACUUUUGCAUCAAUUCAACCUUAUAAAUACACUUUUUACAUGAGUGGUGUGAGGCAACAGUGAAAUGAAAACAUGGCUGAGACCUCAGAGAGCGUUGGUACCCACCUCGAACCAGACCGUGACAACAGCACACCGGAGCACGUAGUAAACGGUGAAACUGGAGGCUGAAACACUGAUGACAGCUGUUAAGAAUAUUCCAGCUUCCGGCAGCAGUUCUGACCGAUAUACAAUCCAAACACACACUGCUGACAGUGUGACACACGCAGGCUGUAGUGAAACGUCAGUUAUUCACUGCUGAUGCAGAAACGUAUCUCGAGUACUGACUGCUCAGAAAAAAAAGAAAAAAAAAGAACACGGAAGUUCAAAAUGUACAACAUCACGUAUAAGUACUUUAAGUUCUUAAUAUCCAGGUCAUAUACAUACACAGCAGUGUAUACUAAACCUUGGUGCUGCUCUGCACACUGUAGGUUCUAUAAAUCAUCUUGAAACUAUUCAUAUUAUUAUUAAUGCUCUAAAAAUGUAACUGUAAUGAAAUGUUUGAAAGAAUAAUCUUUUUGAAGUUCCAUUUAUUUGUAUGGAGUUUGGUUAGAGGGAAACUCAAAGUCUGCUCACUGGCUUCUGCUUAAUAAAGAUUAAUAUAAAAUGUG